CCGGAGCCCCGUCAGCAUGGGACCCUGGCCCCGCUCGCUGCUGGCCGCCCUCCUCCUGCUCUUGUCCGGCGUCGGCACCGCGCACUGCGACACACCGGCCAACUGCACCUACCCUGAGCUGCUGGGCACAUGGGUCUUCCAGGUGGGCGCUGUGGGUUCCCAACGCAACGUCAACUGCUCGGUCAUGGGACCACCAGAAAAAAAAGUAGUGGUGCAUCUUGAGAAGUUGGACACAGCACGUGAUGAUCUUGGCAAUACCGGCCAUUUCACCAUCAUUUACAAUCAAGGCUUUGAGAUUGUGUUGAACGACUACAAGUGGUUUGCCUUUUUUAAGUAUAAAGAAGAGGGUCACACGGUAACCAGUUACUGCAACGAGACCCUGCCUGGAUGGGUGCAUGACGUGCUGGGCCGGAACUGGGCUUGUUUUACUGGAACCAAAAUGGGAGCCAUCCCUGAGAAAGUGAAGGUGAACACAGCACACUCUGAGAGGCUCCGGGAAAACUCUUCUAAUAAGCUCUACAGAUAUAACCACGAGUUUGUGAAAGCAAUCAAUACCAUUCAGAAGUCUUGGACUGCAACCAGAUACACGGAAUAUGAGACUCUCACCCUGAGAGACAUGAUGAGGAGAGGUGGUGGCCAGAGAAUCCCAAGGCCCAAACCCGCACCCCUGACCACUGACUUACAGGAGAAGAUGUUACGUUUGCCAGCAUCGUGGGAUUGGAGAAACGUUCAUGGUACCAAUUUUGUUAGUCCUGUUCGAAACCAAGCAUCAUGUGGAAGCUGCUACUCAUUUGCUUCUAUGGGUAUGCUGGAAGCAAGACUCCGAAUACUAACCAACAACACGCACACCCCAAUCCUGAGUCCGCAGGAGGUGGUCUCUUGCAGCCAGUAUGCUCAAGGCUGUGAAGGUGGCUUCCCGUACCUCAUCGCAGGAAAAUAUGCCCAAGAUUUUGGGCUGGUGGAAGAGGCCUGCUUCCCCUACACAGGCACUGAUUCUCCGUGCAAACCGAAGAAGGACUGCCUCCGUUAUUAUUCCUCCGAGUACCACUAUGUGGGAGGUUUCUAUGGCGGCUGCAACGAGGCCCUGAUGAAGCUCGAGCUGGUCCAUCACGGGCCCAUGGCUGUUGCUUUUCAAGUCUAUGAUGACUUCUUCCACUACCACACAGGGAUCUAUUACCACACGGGCCUACGAGACCCUUUCAACCCCUUUGAGCUGACGAAUCAUGCCGUUUUGCUGGUGGGCUAUGGCACUGACACAGCCUCUGGGAUGGAUUACUGGAUUGUUAAAAACAGCUGGGGCGCCAGUUGGGGUGAGAAUGGUUACUUCCGGAUCCGCAGAGGAACUGAUGAGUGUGCCAUUGAGAGCAUAGCCAUGGCAGCCACACCAGUUCCUCAAUUGUAGGGAGCAGUUCCCAGCCUUUUAAACUGUAAAAGUCACAAGACGAGGGCUCCUGGGUCACUCAGUCAGUUGAGCAUCUGCCUUUGGUUCAGGUCAUGAUCUCAGGGUCUGGGGAUCGAGCCCCAGGUUGGGUCCUGCACUCAGCGGGGAGUCUGCUUCUCCCUCUACCUCCCCCGCACCUGCCUUCCCGAUCAUGAGUGCACGCACACUCUCUGUCUCUCUCAAAUAAAUAAAAUCUUUAAAAUAAAAAAAAAAAGAUUUUUGUAAGUGUUCAGGUGAUAGAGAUUAUAGAAUUCAUAUGUGUGCUUAACAGGUUUCUCCAUUGACCCUUUCAGUUAGACUUAUGGUUAUUACUUAUGUAAUAAGUAUUUUGAAAACAAAGAAUUUGAGUGUAUUUCAAUUAAAAAAACAAACUAUGAACCUCUAUGAUAAGGGGUAUACUCAAAUAAUGACUAGUUAACCCUAAAAUUAUUCCAUGGAUAUUUGAUGAGCUAGAGGCCAAAAAUAGAAAUCAGUUUUGAUAAAGAUCUGGAUACUGAUUAAACUUUCUUUUGGUGUAUCUUGCAUCUGGAAGUAUUGGUCAGCCUUCACUGGGUGAGCAUUUGUAAAUUAGUGAGAAGUUAGCAGUUUAGAUUUGGGCUGAUCUUGGAUCUCCAAGGGAUAUUUCACAGUGAUAUGAAAUCUCUUUGUGGGGUUAAACAGGUGGCAUCUAUUAGAAAUGAUGUGACAAUCAGGCAGAUUAGGUGGUCAGAGUUCUAAAACAUAAGCAAAAUCCACAAGCCUCUUGGAGCCGGUAGGGACCGUAGAGCUCAUGGGAUCUAUUCCUCUCUUUGCAUGGAAAGAAUGAUUAGCUUAGAAAAGGGCACGUGACACGGGUCAGGUCACACAGGUGGUAAAUGACUGGGCCUGGGUAGAAGCAAGAUCUUCAGACUGAGUCUCAGCCCUUUCCACCAAAAAAAUCAAAAAUGACUGGAGAUACUAGGUGUAUACUUGGAAAUUUCACGUGUUAAGCGUCAGAGUUUUGUCUGAAGCCUCGACUUUUUGUAUUGCAGUUCACUACAAUGACGUCUUUUCUCUCCUUGCUGGAAUAUGCCCCAUGUGUAAGGUGUGGCUUCUUGGGUGUCCUGGCGCACUGCCACAUGCCUUUGACUCUCUCACCACAUGAUGACUCAGAAGCAGACGCAAUGAAUGGCAGGCAGAGCCAGGGUGCUUGUCAUGUGGAAGGCCUCCAAGGAGCUAUGAAUGCCGUCUCAGUCUUACUUUAUUUCUCGCUUUCCUUGUUGCUAUUGUGAAAGUGUAAAUAGCCUUUGAAAUCAAGCAUGAAUUUACUUUUCACUAGAACUUUUAGAGAUAUUACCUGUCAGCUUAACCAAUAAGGUAUUAUUUAACAGGAAAGCAGGAGCUUAUCCUCUGGUUUUCCACCUGCAUUGCUAUCUGCUCACCCCGAUGGGAGUAAGUCAUGAAGAUGCAGGGCACCCGUGCUUGUGCACAAUUUCAUGAGAACCCUGGCCGAGCUCGUAAGGAGAAUCAUUGCUGAUAUCAUUCAUAAAAUACUUUGGGAAAUAUUGAAAGACUACAUAGAGGUGUGAACCUAACUGGUGAUGGGAAACAAUUCUCAUAAGCAUGAUUAGUUGACAAGCAAUGGUUCGAGGAGACCCUAAAUUUCUUGACAUUACAAGAGGGAUUACCCAGAACGAGAGCUCAGGUUCCACUGCACUUCAACCUGAAUUUAUCUGCUAUGGGAGUCUGCUUUUCCUGUUUCUAGAUGACAGAUCACUGCUUCAUCCCCAGUGGCAGAAUUCAUUAAAGAUGGUGACUAAAUGGAACAUCACAGUUCCUCAAGCUGUGUGAUUAAACUCUUAAGCUGUAGAAAAAACAAGUUUCGUAAUCUAAAACUGUUUCUAUUGGUGCUACUAGAACAUGGAAUCAGAGUCUGUUGAUGGGUGGAGCUCUGCAAAAAAUGGAAUGGGAACUCGGGCUAACCUCCCCAAAGACCUAUCCAGGAGAACAACAGUGUUGUAUGUGUGGAGACACCACCACCCAUAAAGGAAAAUAAAGUUUUAGCUGGGCAGUCAAGCACAAGCAUGGCAUUGACUUGGGUGCCUGGUGCCUGGAUCAGCUUUCUGGCUCUGCCUCAUAUAAGCCAUAAAGCCUGAGGCAGUUUCCUUAACCCACAUGUGCUUCAGGUGCCUGAACUGCAGGAUAGAUAACCCUCCCUGUGUGAGCUCUCCCUCUAAAUCCUUGCUGUUGCAAUGACGGAACCAAAUAGAUUUGUACUUUCGGAUGCCAUUGUUUGCCUUACUUAAGUUCAAGCCUUUCACCAUCCCAAGUGGGGAAACCGAAGUAGAUUCAGAUAAGGCAGUUUCCCAGCCAGGCAUACUUGCUCACUGACCUCUAGUUGACCUCUAACCACCAAAGCCUAGAACUGGAUAGAUCUGAAUAGUAAGGGAUAUACAUGUACCUACUUCACAGAGUUUUCUGAGGGUUAAAUGCCUUCCUAAUAUGUAGAGCAUGUAAACAGUGCUUGGAAGAUAGGAGAAUGUAAAUAUUAGUUAUUACUCAAGUCUUCCUUUUCUAAAUUCAAAUUAUAAAAUAAUUGUUUGCUAUGAGGAGGCAGCUAAGACAUGUUCUAUUAAUAAACAAUCUAUGAGAGUAGAGGAGCUAAUGAGAUUCUUUUAAGGAAGAAAAUCUAUAGAAGAACACUAGCAUAAAGAAACAAACCUUCAAAAACUUGAGGGAGAUCAUUUUGAAUUUUUUGGUACAGAGGUUUUUUUGUUUGCUUGUUUUUAAGAUUUUAUUUGAGAAAGAGCACGAGCGGGAGGGGCAGAGGGAGAGGGAGAGAGUCCCAAGCAGACUCCGUGCUCAGCGGGGCUUGAUCUCACACCCCUGAGAUCAUGACCUGAGCUGAAACCAAAAGUCGGACGCUUAACCAACUGAGCUACCCAGGCGCCUCUUGGUACAGAGGUUUUUACAUCCUUCACCACAUGAGUGCCUCUGUUGCUACCCCUGUCGAGAGAAAAACAGUGAGAGGCCAUCAAGUUUGGAAGGCUAUGGCUGAGAAAAAAGUCACUGCAAUUUUAAAGCAAAAAAGACUAAGGUUAAUCUAAGGUUGUAAUAUGUUUAUUUUCCUAUUUUGGAUUUUCCAGUAAAGAUAAGGUAAGCAUAAUAGAGUCACAAAACAUUAGUGCUGGAAGAUUAUCUGGUUCAUCUCUUGUUAAAAUAAAAAUGGGCUUACAGAGGGGAAGUAGCAUACCUGGGGCUCUAGUUAAUAAUGCUAAGUCUAGAUUCCACUGAAUCCAGAACGUUCUACUGUUCCUGCUGCCUCCCAGUUACAAAAGGAGAAAGAAAUCCAUAUGUUGCGAGACACAUAAGCUCACCUUGUUCUGUAAAAUCAUUUCUAAGUUGUUUUCCAGCUUUCAGAAAUCCUAUUAUCUCUCAGGGGCAAGUACUCUAAGCUUCAGUCCACGUGUGGUGGUUUGGAAGGCUUAAUUUAACAGUUGUCCUCUAAAUACAGCGAUAUUAAUAUUUCUAUGUCUUAACUGUAAUAAAGAUUUAUUUCUGG